UCAGCUGGUUGAACAGCACAGAGGACACUGCAUUCCAUUGGAUCCCUGAAUCACCGAAGGCCUGAUCCUUAAUUGACUCGAUCAAUCUUCCCCAACAAACCGACGCUGUGAAAAAGGCAACAGAAAUCAAGAAAGGAAGGAGAGAGAGAGAGAGAGAGGCUGGAGAGGGUGGGUUUUAAUGAAAAAUCUGCCCUUUUUCUCCUCUGGUAGCAUUACUACUGCUGAACUACCCAACCCUCCUUUGGCCUGCCCUUGAGAAAGCACCAGUCUUUCCCUUUGCUGCCGCCCGCGGGAGAGACGGCGGCGAUCUGAACGGCGCCGCCGUGGGGAGAGGCCAUGGCGAGGAAGCACGGAUGGCAGCUCCCCGCCCACACCUUACAGAUUGUUGCAAUUGUGGUAUUCUUCCUUCUGGUGGUUGCAUUCUAUGCCUUCUUUGCACCAUUUCUUGGAAAGCAAGUCCUUGAGUAUGUUGCUAUAGGUGUUUAUACUCCUGUGGCCUUGUCUGUUUUCAUACUUUACAUCCGGUGCACAACCAUUAACCCUGCUGAUCCUGGGAUCAUGUCGAAGUUUGAGGAUGGCUUUAUCGACGUACCAGCCAACAGUGAUGGGCUGCAAGGCAUAAAGUUGCCCCAGAAAGGCAACAACACAAUUGGAACACAGUCUCCAACAUCAACUUGCAGAAGUUCUCUUGAUGGCCAUUCUAAUCAGCGAGGUUCAUCUAUGAGGGAGCCACAUGUAAAUCUGAGCUCACAGCUGCCAAGAAAAAGAUCAAGCUGUUACUUGCUUGGUGGGCUUCUUUGUGCUUUAUUUGUAAAGGAGGAUUGCCGGAAACCUGAUGAGUCAGAACAGCAAGCUAAUGGUGAAGAAGCUCUGUUUUGCACAUUAUGCAAUGCUGAGGUUCGUAAAUUCAGUAAACACUGCCGAAGUUGUGACAAAUGUGUUGAUGGAUUCGAUCAUCAUUGUCGGUGGCUAAAUAACUGUGUUGGACGGAAGAACUAUUUCACGUUUAUUUCACUGAUGGCAAUCAGUCUGUUCUGGCUUGCAAUUGAAUUUGGAGUGGGCAUUGCUGUCAUUGUACUAUGCUUUGUUGAUAAGAACGCAUUGAGAAACAUCCAAGACAAGCUUGGGAAUGGCGUGACUCGUGCUCCAUUUGCUGUUAUAGUAGGUAUAUUUACUCUUCUUUCGUUAGUGGCCUGCAUACCUUUAGGGGAACUUUUCUUCUUCCACAUGAUACUGAUAAGAAAGGGGAUCACAACCUACGACUAUGUUGUCGCAAUGAGAGCUAUGAGUGAGGCAGGUCCGGAGGAUGAUGAAGAAGCACAUAUUACCUACUCGCCAUCAAAUUCGGCAACGACAGGAUUCAGUGUAGGAAGUUCACUUGGCCUUCACCACAAGGGUGCUUGGUGCACACCUCCAAGAAUAUUUAUUGAUCAGGAUGAAGUGAUUCCACAUUUGGAGCCUGGGAUGGUACCUUCAACAGUUGAUCCUGAUGCUGCUGGAUAUGCUGAAAGAGCAAACAAAUCCAAGAAGCCUGUCAAGAUCAGUGCUCGGAGCCUUGCAAAGCUAGAUAGAAAUGAGGUAAUGAAAGCUGCAGCAAAAGCUCGGGCGUCAUCAUCUGUUCUCCGACCAAUAGAUGCCCGUCGUGGCCAUGAUGCUGAUCUUAGCUCCAGUGGCAAUGCCAGCGUCAGGAGUAGCAUGAGCGUUGACUACAGUGGCACGAAGGAAUCAAGGGGUGAGAUGAGACUGUCUCCUCUUCAGAACUCAUACCCCCAAAGCCUUGCAAGCCAGGAUGACUAUGAGAUUAACACACAGACAGCAAGCAGUUUGAGCAGCCCAGUUCACAUCCACAAGCUUGCCUCUCAUUCUCAGUUUCAUGCACCUCCUCCUCAUCAACCUCCACCCCCUGAAAGACCUGCGCCAGGGAUAGUGCGGCCACCUGUUCCUACCACCCAGAUAACCAACCCAAUGUUCCAGUCAGCCACAUCUUAUGUUCGGGAGAACCGAAGAGCCUCUGUUGUCUGGGACCAAGAGGCUGGUCGGUACGUGUCAGUGCCUGCGCAGACAAGGCCAAGUGCUGGUGUUGAUCUGCCAGCAAGAGCACCACGUUUCUUGGCAAAUCCAACUGGUGAAUCAAGCAGCCAUGGGAGAAAUCUCGCACCUGCGAACGCAUCUUCCUCUGCAAUUUCAUCAGGGCAGCCAUCUGAGAGAUUGACAUAUACUGGGCAAUCAAUAUUCUUUGGUGGGCCAAUUCUGAGCACCUCUGGUGUCAAUGCUCAGAGUGAGGCAGGCACAAGAGCGCGCCCUGAUGGAAGUAGGGACCACCCUCCUAGUGCGUACCAGCGUGAUACCCGGGACGAGAGAGCACGCAUGGGCUCCCUCCCGGUGUUUGCUCCUGGGACUUUUCAGAAGAAUCCACCAUUUGACAAGUGACUUGCACUAUGUGUUUACUUGUUCUCGGUGCCUUGUGCUCGGGUGCCUUCAUGACAACGGGAUGAAUGUUGCAUCUGCACUUGGAGAGUUGAGACCAGCUGAAGAGUCUGCCUCUUCUGGGGCUGCCAGACGAAGCAGACGAAAUGUGCAGCCUCAGGAAGUAGCCAAAAACACACAGAUGAUGAUGAUGAUGCUGAUCUUUAGAACACUUUAGCGAAGGUUUCUCAAGGACUAACUUUGUUCAAUGUUCAGAGAGUAACUUUCACUGACUGGUGUGCGUGUGUUUUGUUUGCGUGUUAGGAAUUAAGAAAUUUGAUUUGUGACAGGUAGUAGAAGAGCUAAUUGUUCGUGAUGUGAAAUGUUGGUGAUCCCCAGUUGAGUUUCUUGCACGCUGGAGAUGUU